CCCACACAUCCACAAACACCCACACUCGUACCUAUGUUUUUAAUGAGAAUCUGAAAUAAAAUGUACGGGGGGUACAUAAUGCAUUUUAUAACAACAUGUAUUCGUACACCUUACUUUGUGGGCCAACGUGGGAAAAUGUACAAGAAGCAGUGGCGGCGGAGCCAUUAGGCUUGGGGAGGCUCAAGCCUCCCCUAAAACAGGCAGGGGAGGCUUGAGGAGGCUUAUAUUUUGGAAAAUGCUCCCAAAUCUUAUCAUGAGCUUAUAUUUAGUAAGCGAAAGUUCUUUGAACAAUAGUACAUUCAGUCUCAUGCUAGAUAGCACAACAAGCGGCAAAUCAGUUGUGCUUAAGAAAGCUCAAGUCUCACCUAAAAAUCAAAAGCAACAUCUGAGAGUGAUCCGAUAGUCGAGAAAAUUUUAGGAAUGUCAUUCCGAAUUUGAGAAUGAAUGUCACAAAAUGUUAUCAACAUAGCUUAUAUUGCAUGUAUCUUCGCAUGAACAAAUGCUAAAAUCUUGAAUUUAAAAAAAAAAAAAUACGUUGCCGGUGGUGUCCAAAAUAGCUAUCAAAAACUCCAGCUAGCUUACUUAUAAAAUAAUGCCUAUUUUGCAUCUAACAUGCGGUGCAAAAGCAAUGGAAAAAAUGUCGAAGUCUAUGAGACCAUAUUGCCGACUAUUAGAUCAAUAAAUUUUUUUUUAUUAGAAAGAGAAAUGUCUGAACUACAACUUUUGUACCGUACAUAUUUUUCCAGAAUGUCUCUGAGAAGGAGAAAAAGCCAAAAACUGGAUGUCUCUAAAACAGUACUUGCAAGUUCAUCUAUUAGCAGCAUCAUUUUUUAUUUUCUUUGAAUAUUUAUUACAUCGGAAGAGGAUAUACAAAUCACGUUUUAUGAUGAUUUUUGUAGCAAAAGGAAUGCUCUUUUCAGUGGUAUAUUGCAUGUCAAAUUUAUCUUUGGUUUUCAUAUCAAAGUAUUGAUUUUUCUGAAAAAGACUGCAUGAUUUGCUUGUGCUCACUACCUGACCGUUCUGCAGAGGUAAAAAAAUGUUUUUUUUGAAUUAUUUUUUUCUGCUAAGUUUUCAUGAUCUCACAUAUUUCACACAAAUAACGCAAAAAGAAUUGAAUUUAUGUGUGAUUUCGACAGAUGAUGACUGAUAUUCUUGCAAACUGAUAAUUCUUGUAAACGCCUUUAUUUUACAAAAAUUUCAUUUUUCAAACCUUUCUGAUUAAAGAGUCAAUAUGGACAUAAAAUAAUUUACCUAAGGUGGUAUUGAUAGUGUUUUUAAUGCACUCCAUUUUGGUGUAUUUUAGAUUAAAAGUUGGUCUAUGUAGCUCAAAAUAAUCAAGUAAUACUGAUUUUUCAAAUUACAAAAACGUUGCAAGCACUUUUAUAGAGAUGUCCAGUUUUUGGCUUUUCCUCCUUCUCAGAGACGUCCUGAAGAAAUAUGCGCGGUACAAAAGUUGCAGUUCAGACAUUGCUCUUUCCAACAAAAAAAGAAUUAUUGAUCUAGAAGUUGAUAAUAUGGUCUAAUAGAUUUCGACAUUUUUUCCAUUUCUUUUGCGCCGCAUGGGAUUUUCGCCAGAAAAUGAUAAAAAUAUGAAUCUCCUUUUAAGAUGUGUGAUUACACUUUCCACAAUAUUCAUAGAAAAAGGUUUUCCUGGUUUAUUGUAAACAAUUUGGAGAGGAGGAAAAAAAGUAAUGCUGUACGGCACUGUGUAAUUUUUCACGAUAACAGUAAACUGAACGCUACAAAAAAGCAUAAUUCUUAUCAAAAUCAAGUUUAAUGUAUUAAAACACACUACAGAAUGCAAUGAUAAUACCAAAAUUAUAUGUUUCUUGUUUGAAGAUCGCCUUAAAGAAUUAAAAUUGAACAGUUAGGUAAUUAGUUGUUUAAAUAGUGAAACAGAUUUAUUUCAGAAAAGUGAAAAAUAUAGUAUCUUGCACGCCUUUGCUUUUAGUUCUGUCAAAGCCAAUUAAGACAAUUCACGAGAACAUUUUGCUUCUUUAAAAACAGAUUUAAGUUUUCAGGGUUUUUAUGUGAGAAAAUAAGUAUGACAAAUAUUUUUAUUACUUUCAGUAUGAUAUGACAUAGCAAUGUUUUAUAUAUCCUAUCUUUCAAUAUUCUACGAACUCAUUACAACAAGUCGACAAGACAUUGUGAUGCAUUGGUGUAGAGAAUUCAACAACAGCUUCUAUGAUUCAUUUUUUCGAAACUUUUCUGUAAGUUCCUGUACUUAUGUAUUACUCUCAUCAUCAACUGAACGAAAUUGAGGCAAGCACGGGCAUCUGACCGAAGAUGAAAGUAGACAAGACUUCAGAUGAAGAACAGCUGAAGAUGAAAGCUUUUUCUUCCAAAUCAUGGUUUUUUUAAUAGAGUUAUAUUAUGUUCUAUGCUAUGAAGCAGAGAAACUUUGUGAUUAAAAUGAAUCCUGUAAAUACCAAAGAAAUAAAUCACGAAAGAUUCUCAACUUCCAUAGAACAUCUUUCCACAAUAUUUCAAGAUUAUAUCAGUCACCUAUAGAAGGAUAUAUGCAAAAUAAACUCUGUUGAAAAAACAUCGAGAUAUCCGAUAUCUCUUUGAUAAGAGUUAGGGUUGAAAAGCCAGAAAAUACCCCCUUCUCGUACAUCACCUUCCUAUCACCGCCUGAGAAGUUUUGAGCCUCCCGUAGAUUAGAAUCGUUCCGCCGCCUCUGACAAGAAGUGCCUAGUCACGUCAAAAGGCUUUGUUUAAGAAUCCUCUUAAAAAUAGAUCUCAGUCCAAGAAAUUCUAAAUUGCAUGAAACUUUCAGAAUGUGUUAGGACUGGUGAGCGAUAGAUAUGGUAAAAUUUACAGCACUAUAUCAUGACGUUUGACAGAUAUAUUCACCAAACAAGAGUCAAAAAUAGUUCUAUGGCAUCUUGAAGAUUUCUUUGUAGACCUUCAUUUUAUACAUUAAUUGUUGUUUUGUUUCAAAGCUUGUGUCAAGGCUAGCCUCUAUUGUGAUCCUUUUUUUUUAAAUUCUCACUUUUCAAACGAAAAGAAGGAAUGACAAGUUGAAUGACUAAAAAACCCUAAAAAAUAGCCCUAUUUUUAUAGAGGUAUCUUGUUCUAUGAAAAUAGAAAGAUUUUUUUAAAACCAGAGCCACGAUGAGGGCUACCCCUAGACACAAGCUUUCAAGCAAAAAAAAAUAUUUGACUUCAUCUCUUAUUAUGAUAGAGUUUUAUUGACGCUACGUUGUUGAACCCACGUUCUGAGAAAAACGAAAACUGAUUUUCAGUUUUUUUGUGAAAACGGCUAUUUUUCGAAUAGAGGAUGAUAAAAAUCUUUCAAAAUUUUCGGAAGAAAAGAUGUGUUGAGUAAAAAUCUUUCGUCAUUUGUGAAAGAGCAGAUGACACGCUAUUUUCCCAUGAAUUUAUCUCAAUUUCGAUCAUUUUCACGAAAAGUGACUUUUUGAGGGCGAAAGCUUAAAAGAAAACUUACUUGUUUUUUCACUUUAAUGAAAACAUGAAGAUUUAAAGAUGAUGAUCCAGAUAUAGAAUAGGCCCGAAUUCAACCUAAUGCUCUCUCCAACCUACCCUUGUCACUGUCGCGUUGUGUUGGACUACAAUUCACCCAUAGAGGAAGAUCGAUAUGAUAAAAAAAUAUAAAUACAGAACUCAGAAUCUGUAGUCGGUGAAAAUCUUCAGAUAUAAACUAAAAUUAAGAUUUUCUAAAAUGGAUCUUUUCCCUUAGUGUUUUCUUUUCUCGUAUCUCUUUCGGCUGCUCGAAAAAUUCUUUCAGUAACACUGGACAUCAAUAUUAUAUGGUACGCAAGUCACAAAAGUAAGCUAAGCAUACAAGAACAUGAAUGAUGUAAAAGGGUCCCUAUCUAUUAUCUUAUUGAACGUAAUGUGUAUAGUCUUGAUCGUGUCCAAUACAUAAAUUUCUUUUAAGCAUAAAGGCACGAAAAUCUUGUAAAAAAACAAAGAGUAAAAAUAAAAUUCAGCAGGUAUAGCACACACGCUAUUUUUCUUUCAGCGUGUAAAACACUGUGUAAAUGCUUUUUCAUUAGGAUACUGUAUAUUUUGAUUUUCAAGGUACACGUUCAUUAAAAGCACUGCUUUGUGAACUUAAUACGAGUAUUAAUUGUUGUCGAAAAAUUCGAUAUGCUUUAACAGCAAUUCAAAGUAUUGGUUGUCGAUUUUACAUGUCGUUAUUUGAAAGACUGGUAUUGAUGGAACAAAACGUGUCGGUGAAUUAAGUGAAGAAGCUGAACGUAUUGUUACAAUAAUGAAUAAUCCAUAA